AGGAAAAAUAGACUAAAAUAUACUAAAUAAACUAACAUAUGCUACAUGAUAGCACAAUAGAGUGCAAAGAAAGCAGGUUGACCUGAUUGACUGUGUGUAUAAAACAAGAGACUAAAAGCUACAGUGUAAACAUGUGAAGACGGAUUGCUACCCAGAAAUGAGUUAUAAAGUGCAGGUUAAUUGUGCAAAUCAUAGAAGGUAAGGAGGUCUUGACACUGAUCUGAACAUUUGUGAUGCAAUUUAGCAGUCUAUGCAUGUAAGUGUGAAACACUAAAUAAGAUCUAGUAGAUAUCCUUAAAGUAUUUGGGCCUGGACAGACACAUUUCAAAAUAUUUUUGUCACUGUGGGGGAAAAAAAGGUGGUCUCCUUCCAUUUUACUAUUAAUACCUGCUUUUCAACUGUGCCUAACUCAGGUUUUAUCUUUGCUUCAUAGAAGAGGAACACCAACAGCAGCAAAUAUGGAACGAUCUGCUGUGUUGUUUGUUCAGGUGAGGAUAACAAGAACAAUGCCAGAUGCCACAAGCGGCAUGCUACAGCAAAGAGGAAGAAGAAAAAAAGACAGAGGAAAAGUGAUGAGAACUCAUCAGAUUCAGACUUAGAGUUUGUCUCAAAGUUGAGGGACAGUAAAUGCGGUCCAAGUUUUUCAUCAAGGCGACAAGAGGAACUGCCUGAUAUCAUCCCAAAACAGGACAGCUCCAAUAAAAGAAGAGGAGUUGAGGAAAGAAAUGGGAAAAGGACUCAUCAUUCCAAUUCACAUUCCUGUUCUCAUUCACAUUCCUGUUCAGCGAGGAGGGACACUCACUCUUGUUCUAGACACCCCCUUCAGAGAUACAGGACUCACUCUAUAUCCAGUUCACAGCACCCCAGGACCCGGUCCAGCUCCUCUGAGAAGAUGGGCGCUCUGGAUGAAUCCAUACAGUCGACACUAAGUCCAUCAAAAGGCUUCCAGCUGUGUCAGCUGUCCUCCACCUAUGCCCAAAGAAACAUCAGAACAGAGGAGCUCACAGAUUCAAGCACAAAGUUUCUGAGCCCUGAUCAAAGUCAGAAGUCACCAGAGAAAAAAGAAGAAAAGGCAGAGGACACAAGACAAAAACUAGCUUCAGGUUCUGGCAUAUCCCAGUCCAUGCUGAAACAGUCCACAUUUUCUGAAUGUGUCCAGACCAUGGAGCCCAGCGUCUCUCAGCUUAACACAUCAGUAUACCCCAGUUCCCUUGCUACCUGUGUUAAAUGGCCAUCAAAAAAGAAGAGGAAACCAUCUAAGUCCCCACAGAGGAAAAAAGAAGCAAAGACAUCAAAGAGGCAAAAAGGAUCCAAGUCACCAUGUAGGAGCUACAAGAGGGGCUCCAGAUCCAGCAGCUCUUCAAAGAAGAGGAGAUCAAGGUCAAGGUCAGGAGGCUGGAGAUCGUGGAGGUCACGCUCACGGUCACUGUCACGAGGUCGAAGAAGGGUGACCUACAGCCAGAGGGACCGCUGGAAACGAGAACCAAGUCACUCCCCUAUACUCAUCCUCCGCAAAAAUAGAUCCCCCAACCGAAAACACUGCAGUUUGAGCGACAGCCAUAAACGCAUCAGUGAACUGGAUAAGGACCAGUUGUUGGAAAUUGCCAAAGCCAAUGCUGCUGCAAUGUGUGCCAAAGCAGGUAUGCCCAUCCCUGCCAGCCUGAGGUCAACGGUGUUUCCCAUGGCUCUGCCAAAUAUGGCCAUGAAUGCUGCUGUGGCUAGCAUGACAGCUGCUACCAUGACAGCAGCCUUAUCUAACAUGGGAGCUCUGUCUUCACUGCUUCCGCUGCACUCCAUUACCAGCAAGCCACCUCCUGGCCAUGCUCAACCCAACAUUUCUGCUGUGGAGGAAAUGAAAAGGAAAGUAACAAAGCAGGCAAACAGCAUCAGCAUUAAGGAGUUUACUGAUAAAUGCAAGAUGAUUGUGGACAGCAAAGAUGAGCUGCCAGUGGCAGUACCUCAUGUUUCAGAUGAAGAGGAUGAUGGGAAACCCUUUGGAGGAUCAGCUCUUCGAGAACAAAAAGCUAUAAGCUUCAACAUCAAUAACAUGACAGUUCGUCCAGCAGUGCGUAGUGAUGCAGGCAUGGCCAAGGAGUUUCCUGUGUCAUCAGGAUCCCAACAUCGUAAAAAGGAGGGUGAGGCACCGGGUGCCUAUGGAGAAUGGAUUCCCGUUGACAAAACAGCAGACAAAGCUGCACCUACCUCCAGAAAGGCUCACGCCACUGCCCCCAUAGUGGCAGCCAGCUCAUCAUCAAGUGAAACAGUGACAGCAGCAGUAUUAGCAGAGGUUGUUGAACAGCCACCAUUUGUGCCUGAUAAAGACAGUGUUUUUCCUAAUUCACUAAUACAGCCAGUAGAUAUAUCUCAGGCUGUAACUGAGAGAAUCAAAGCUCAGAGACGGUUGGCUGAGAAUCCCUAUGAUGUCAGUGCCAUCUGCAUGCUCAGCCGGGCACAAGAGCAGGUGGAUGCCUGGGCCCAGUCCAACACUGUUCCGGGUCUUUUCACUGGUUCGACUGGUGCCCAGGUCCUCAGCUCAGAGGAGCUGUCCACUGGUGGACCACAAGCAUGGUUGAAAAAGGACCAGUUUCUCAGGGCAGCUCCAGUAUCAGGAGGUGUUGGAGAGUUCCUGAUGAGAAAGAUGGGUUGGAAGACAGGAGAGGGCUUAGGAAGAAACCGUGAGGGUACUGUGGAGCCUAUCAUUAUUGACUUCAAGGUCGACCGCAAAGGAUUAGUUGCUGAAGGAGAGAAGCCUCAGAAGCAGACAGGAGGACUGGUGGUAACAAAGGAUCUAAUGGGGAAGCACCCAGUUUCUGCUCUCAUUGAGCUGUGUAACAAGAGACGGAUAAUGCAGCCAGAUUUCGUAAUGGUUCAUCACAGUGGUCCUGACCACCGCAAGAAUUUCCUGUUCAAGGUCACAGUGAAUGGUGUUGACUACCAACCCCAGACAGCUAGUCCUAAUAAGAAACAUGCCAAGGCCAUGGCAGCUACAGUUGCACUACAAGCUCUGGGAGAGGUUCCUGUUGAUGGACCUGGACUCUAUACUGGCCCUGUCUUCACUGCUGCUUCUACUGGCCCCCUGUUUUCUACAUAGACACACACACGCAAUAGUGGGACUGACACAUAGUCCCAUUGUUCGACUGAUAAAUUAUUGCCAUCAUUGCCAUUAUGGUGGCUUAUUUAUUUGCUAAGAAAUUAAUAAAUACGGCAGACAUACAAUCAUGGGAACCAUGAAGACAAGUCUGGCUUCAGAUGUUGAAACUAUGUUUGACUGAUUUUAUACUCACAGAACCUCACUUUUUAAAAAUAAUUCACUAUGCUCAUAACAGAGUAGCAAAUAGUGGCUGUUUGUUAGGAUUUGCAAAGAGUCUCCAUCAUAAUAAAAGUGGGUGGCAUGUAUGUAUGUAUGUAUGAUGAUAUAUAUGUUAUAGUAGCAUUUCAGCCUGAUAUAUAUUAGCUGAUCAAUAAUUUACUUAAACCAUAGACCACACAUGAGUUUCUCUAUAAUGGAUUUGUCACUGAUCACAGCACAGCAGAGGCUGGGCUGUAAAUGAAAAGUUAUCACAUAAAUGUCUGUUUGGUUAGCAACUUUUCUGUUGCUCCUGAUAUUACAUCUGUGGCUUGGUCUCCUAACAAAACAUUUCUCAUAAAAGACGCUGUUAAACAUUAUGGAACUAACCUUCUGAAAAUGUGUAAAUGAAAAUAAAGAUAAUAUUUAUGUUACAUGGUA